AUGCCUGGGGGAGGGGAUGGGAAGGAGCCGCAUUCUAAGCAACUCUCCAUGAAUGACAGAGCAGAAGGUCUAGAGAUGGGAGAUGGGUCCAAAGCCAUGUUUGAAAGGACAAGACAGGGGGCCAUUUUAAAGACCUUCAUUAGUCUACCCAAAGAUCAAAUGGGGAGUUCUAGGGAGGCUAACAGAAUGACGCAGACAGACGCAUGCCCAGGCCAGAGAAUGAAUGCUGAGGACACAGGCAAAUUAUUCCCGGGGAAAGGAAUCCCAAGAAUUGCAAAAGUUAUGUGUAGAGAGUGUGGGCAAGGCUUUAGUGCUAAGUCAAGCCUUAUCACACACCUGAGGACACACUCCGGGGAGAAGCCCUAUGUCUGCAGGGAGUGUGAGCGAGGCUUUAGUCAGAAGGCAUACCUCACUAAACACCAGAGGACACACUCAGGAGAGAAGCCCUAUGUCUGCAAGGAGUGUGGGCGAGGCUUUAGCCAGAAGUCAGACCUCAUUAGACACCAGAGGACACACUCAGGGGAGAAGCCCUAUGUCUGCAGGGAGUGUGGGAGAGGAUUUAGUCAAAAGUCACUCCUCACUGUACACCAGAGGACACACUCAGGAGAGAAGCCCUAUGUCUGCAGGGAGUGUGAGCGAGGCUUUAUUCAGAAAUCACACCUCAUUACACACCAGAGGACACACUCAGGGGAGAAGCCCUAUGUCUGCAGGGAGUGUGGACGAAGCUUUAAUCAGAAGUCAUACCUCAUCAGACACCAGAGGACACACUCAGGAGAGAAAGCCUGUGUUUGCAAGGAGUGUGGGCGAGGCUUUAGCCAGAAGUCAGACCUCAUUAUACACCAGAGGACACACUCAGGGGAGAAGCCCUAUGUCUGCAGGGACUGUGGGCGUGGCUUUAGUCAGAAGUCAGUCCUCAUUGUACACCAGAGGACACACUCAGGAGAGAAGCCUUAUGUCUGCAGGGAGUGUGGACGAGGCUUUAGUCAGAAAUCACACCUCAUUAAACACCAGAGGACACACUCAGGGGAGAAGCCCUAUGUCUGCAGGGAGUGUGGACGAGGCUUUAGUCAGAAAUCAAUCCUCAUUAGACACCAGAGGACACACUCAGGGGAGAAGCCCUGUGUCUGUAAGGAGUGUGGACGAGGCUUUAGCCAGAAAUCAAUCCUCAUUAUACACCAGAGGACACACUCAGGGGAGAAGCCCUAUGUCUGUAGGGAGUGUGGACGAGGCUUUAGCCGUAAGUCAGUACUCACUAUACACCAGAGGACACACACAGGGGAGAAGCCCUAUGUCUGCAGGGAGUGUGGACGAGGCUUUAGUGAGAAGUUACACCUCAUUAAACACCAGAGGACACACUCAGGGGAGAAGCCCUAUGUCUGCAGGGAGUGUGGGCGAGGCUUUAGUCAGAAGUUACUCCUCACUGUACACCAGAGGACACACUCAGGGGAGAAGCCCUAUGUCUGCAGGGAGUGUGGACGAGGUUUUAGCCGUAAGUCAGUCCUAACUGUACACCAGAGGACACACUCAGGAGAGAAGCCCUAUGUCUGUAGGGAGUGUGGGCGAGGCUUUAGUCAGAAGGCAUACCUUAUUAAACAUCAGAGGACACACUCAGGAGAGAAGCCCUAUGUCUACAGGGAGUGUGAGCAAAGCUUUAUUCAGAAUUCAUGCCUCAUCAGACACCAGAGGACACACUCAGGAGAGAAACCCUAUGUCUGCAGGAAGUGUGGGCGAGGCUUUAUUGAGAAGUCAGUCCUCACCGUACACCAGAGGACACACUCAGGGGAGAAGCCCUAUAUCUGCAGGGAGUCUGGGCGAGACUUUGGCACUGUGCUCUUGGGCUGGAACUGUCAGAACCUGUGGGUGAUGCUGACAGCAUGA